AUGCCUUCCAUUAAUCUCGAGCACGGCUUCCGCUUCAUCCCCAACAGAAUCGAUACAAUCGCAGCCGAAGAUCCGUUGAAACCUUUCAUAUGUCUUCCCAAGGACGACGACGUUUCUAGCUUUGAGGAUGUAACUUACAAGCAAUUCGCGAAUGCUAUCAAUGGAGCGAGUCAUUUUCUCGAUGAUGUGCUUGGGAAAUGCGAAGUGAAUGCUUUUGAUACAAUAGCGUAUAUCGGGAAGAAUGACUUGAGAUACUUGAUUCUUGUGGUUGCGGCUGUCAAGACUGGGAGAAAGCUCCUAUCCGCAUCAACAUGGACGUCCAUAGAAGGGAAGAAGAAUUUAUUCUCCCUGACAAAUACCAAAGCGCUCUUCCGCUCUAUUGCACCACAAACCAAAGAAGUCCUUGAAGAGCUCGACCGCGCCAACCYCGACCUAAAAGUCAUCGAUGUUCCGCCUCUUGACCACUGGCUUAAUGCUGACAUCGACUUUCCACACUACCCAUACUCCCGAACAUGGGAAGAAGGCAUCAACGACCCCUUCGUGAUCUUCCACACUUCCGGGACAAUGGGUCUUCCGAAACCCCUGACCUACACUAACGCAACCAUGCAAGCCUAUGAUGCCAUGUCUCAGCUCCGACAUACAGGCCAGCAGCUUUCAACCCACGAUAUGACGGGACGGAGAAUCUACGUCUCUUUCGCUAUGCCACAUCUCGGCGGGUUCGGCCACCUCCUCCUCUACCCAGUAUUCUUUGACUACAUCGGUAUCAACGUCACCCAGUUCCUCCCCAGCGCUCCAAUUUUGGACAAAGUCCUCACCAAUACAUCCGCCUCGGCCGCCGUGCUAUAUCCAGCGUUGAUCGAGGAAGUUGCACGUCGAGAUCCCACCAGCUUUGCUCCUCUGAACAAACUCGACAUAAUCUGGUGGGGAGGUGCGCCUCUCAGUCAAUCUCUAGGGGACUCGUUGUGUGCAUUGGUCGAUCUUCGCACGAAAUAUGGCACGACUGAGAUCACCUGGCCAGCAUUCGAAGCCGUAGGCUCCGAGAAUUGGAACUUUGUCAAAAUCGCACCUUGUGUCGGAGUCUCGUUUGUUGAAUUCUCCGAAGGGUUGUAUGAGCUUUGCAUGGUGAGGCAGAAGGGGUACGAGAUUCUUCAAGUGGCGUUUCAAGUCCAUCCGGACAAGGAUUCGUAUUCUACCGGAGAUCUAUGGUCAAAGCAUCCUAGCAAGGCGGAUUGCUGGAGAUAUCGAGGUCGUGUAGAUGACAUGGUCAAGCUAUCUACAGGUCAAAGCGUCAAUGUCGCCGCAUUGGAGACUAAGAUCGCUGCCUGUCCGCUGGUUUCCGGAGUGUUGGUACUGGGCACAGGCAGACCAAAACUGUGCCUUGUCCUGGAGCUUGCUGGAAAGGUGGACCAGUUCAAACAGGACAAGGAAAGACUGCUUGAUCAGAUCUGGCCGUGGGUGGAGGAGGCAAAUACUACUUGUACGGAAAAUGGACGGUUGGUGAGGGAAAGAGUGUUACUGUUGGGACCAGAACGACCGCUGAAGCGGCUCUUAAAGGGAACUGUGGAUCGGCGAGCAGCUACAAUAGCUUUGGCGGGAGACCUUAGUUUGCUUUAUCGUCAAGAAAUCGUCGUGGAAUAG